UGAAGGCAGAAGAGGAGAGAGAGUAAGAGUUCUUGAGAAAGAAGAAAGGUGAUGUAAUAAAGAGAGUGAAGAAGAAGAGCUUUUGGUUUUGGUUUUGAUUUUGAAUCGACAAUGUUCAGAAAUCAGUACGACACGGACGUGACUACAUGGAGCCCGGCGGGGCGACUGUUCCAAGUGGAGUACGCGAUGGAGGCGGUGAAGCAGGGCUCGGCGGCGAUCGGUCUCCGAUCCAAGACGCACGUGGUUCUCGCAUGCGUCAACAAGGCCAACUCCGAACUCUCCUCGCACCAGAAGAAGAUCUUCAAGGUCGACAACCACAUCGGCGUCGCCAUCGCCGGCCUCACUGCCGACGGCCGCGUCCUAUCCCGAUACAUGCGAUCCGAGUGCAUCAACUAUAACUACACCUACGAGUCUCCUCUUCCUGUAGGCAGACUUGUUGUUCAACUCGCCGACAAGGCACAGGUUUGCACGCAGCGAUCAUGGAAACGUCCUUAUGGGGUUGGCCUCCUGGUAGCUGGAUUAGAUGAAUCAGGAGCUCACCUCUAUUACAACUGUCCCAGUGGAAACUAUUUUGAAUAUCAGGCUUUUGCUAUUGGAUCUCGCUCUCAAGCUGCAAAGACAUAUUUGGAACGCAGGUUUGAUAACUUCAUGGGCUCUUCUCGAGAAGAUCUGAUCAAAGAUGCACUUAUCGCAACUAGGGAGUCCUUGCAAGGUGAAAAACUGAGGAGUUCUGUAUGCACUAUUGCUGUGGUUGGAGUUGGUGAACCAUUCCACAUUUUAGAUCAAGAAACUGUUCAACAGCUGAUUGAUACUUUUGAGAUUGUGAAGGAGGAUGAACCUCCAGCUGAAGAAGCUCAGCCAGCAACCGAGCAGGAUGCUCCCACCGACCAGGCAUCUGGUGCAGAUCAAGGUGCUGCUGGAGACCAAGGUGGUUCUCCAAUGGAAAUUUGAUAAUUUAAAAUCAAUUUCUAGAGGUCUUGAAUACCAAUAUUUAAAAAUGAGUAGGUUUCAUAUUGUUUGUGUCAUGGGAUAAUCUUUCGUUAAUCUGUUUGCUUCUGCAAUUCAUCCCUUAGUGAUCACUGUAAACGAUUUAAUUGCUGUUUCAUGACAAUUUGCAACAAUUUUCUGAAA